GACAUCACGAGAAGUGAAACGCCUGGAAUGUACAACUCGGAGCCCGGUGUUUUCCCACUUAGCAUCUUCUCUCCGGGGACUCUGGACUAUCCGGGCAUACAAAGCUGAAGAGAAGUUUCAGGAGCUGUUUGAUGCAUACCAGGAUUUGCACUCAGAGGCUUGGUUCCUGCUUUUGACGACGUCCCGAUGGCUCGCUGUGUAUCUGGAUGUCAUCUCUGCCAUCUUUGUCAUUGUUGUUGCCUUUGGGGCCCUGAUUCUGGUAGAAAAUGAUUUCAGUAGAAAGGGGGAUUGAAUAUACAGACCUUGAGAAAGAAGCACCCUGGGAAUAUGAAUAUCGUCCACCUCCAUCCUGGCCCCAGAGUGGAGAGAUUUACUUUUCUAAUGUGAACUUCAGGUACAGCUUGGAUGGGCCUCUGGUAUUGAAGAAUGUGGGAAUGUCC